AUGUCAGAAGUUGGUUUUGAUGUUGAUGGUGACGACUCGGAUCUCAAGGAGUGUCUCCUUGAAACGCUUAAGGCUGAUGGCACGCUCAAACAGAUACAAGACCAGUUGAGUGCUGCCGUCUAUGCUGCAUUUUAUCGCCAAACGACUCAGCCCGUCGAACGGACUCCUUCACCUUUAACUGUUGUUCUGGAUCAGGAAUCAGAUGAUGAAUUCGACAAACCAUUUCGCAAUAAUGGUAGUAUUCCUGGAAACCUUGAUAGCAAUUUCUCGUCACCGUCAGGAAUUCUUGUUACUCCUAAGGACCAGCGUCGUCAGCGUCGGUCUCCUCCUCAUCUUGUCGAGUUCGCAAAAAAGUUAGGCGCCCACCAAUUACAACCCAACUCUGAUAAUCGAGACCUGGGAAAGGAAGAUAAAUACGUCCCCGCGUCCAAUCCCCCAGCCGAUCGUAGCGUCUCGGUAGCUGAUGAUGCACCUUCAAGCUCGUCCACUGGUGGUCACCUACAGGAGACAAGUCGCUCUCAGAAUGACAUAUCUCUUGGUGACCCUGCGGCUGGUGGUCCGCUUUCCUCCUCAACGACGACAAAUCCCUCCACAGGUACAUUCAACCCCCCGCCGCAGCUUUAUCCAGACAGCGUCUCUGACGGUGACUCCGACAUUGAUUCAGAGGUUAUUAGCGAUGUAACAUUGACCUCUUCAAAAGUGGACUGCGACUACAUGGAGCCGGUGCGACGAUACUGUUAG